UAAAUAACUUAAAUAUUCAUCUUGAGACAAAAAUAAAUGUAAACAAAAAUGGCUGCAGCGUUUGUCGUUUUAUUCCAUUCGGAGAGAGCAAGGCGUCGGGAAAGGGUUUUUCGAGACCAGUCAAACCCUUUGGACAAAUUCAAUGACACUGAAGUCAUAGCUCGUUAUCAUUUUCCGAGACCAUGCAUUUUGGAGUUAAUUGACCUUGUACAUGAAAGAAUACAGCAUCCAACAACGAGAUCAUAUGCCAUACCUUCACAUAUCCAAGUGUUGACAACUCUACGCUUUUUAGCCAAAGGAGAGUAUUUAUCUGAGGUUGGCGAUCUUCAUGGAAUUUCCAUAUCAUCCGCUUCCAGGAUCGUAACCUCUGUUACCUCUGCUUUGUGCGAGUCCUUGGAUAAUGUUAAGUUUCCUGAGUCAAAUGAAGAACUUUCAAAGGUGAAAGAGGACUUCUAUCAGGUUGCAGGGUUUCCAAAUGUUGUAGGGGCGAUUGAUGAGACGUUGAUACCAAUCCAAGGCAUGACAGGGGAUGAGGAGCCCAAUUUUAUCUGCAGAAAAGGGUAUCCCGCUAUAAAUGUACAAGGUGUUGUGGAUGCCAACCUUCGGUAAAUAUAAUUGAAAAAUAACAAGUAACUGUUUUGAAAACUUGAACGUGUUGACUAUAAGGAUCAAAACAAUGCCCAAUUUUUUUUAAAAACAAUGUUAUCUAUUACAUGCAACUUUUCAAACAUAGUGAUAAGGUGGCCAGGAGCGACUCACGACUCCUUUAUUCUGCAAAAUUCCUCGCUUCCAAAUCUACUGAGGAGAGUUAAUGGUUGGUUGUUGGGGGAUUCUGGGUAAUCACUCAGGAAAUGGCUCUUGACCCCAUUUGUUAACCCCAGGACCCCUCAGGAGCAGAGGUACAACAAUGCCCACAGCACCACAAGAAAUACAGUUGAGAGGGCAUUUGGAGUCCUCAAGAGUAGAUUCAGAUGCAUUCACAAAACAGGAGGCAGUUUACAGUUUGCACCUGUUAGAUGU